AUGUCUGAACCAAACCACUAUGGUAGCUUCAAGGAGCAGAUGCAGAGGUUCCGCGCAUCAGACGAAGCGAGAGAGCAGUUUGUUAGCGAGCUUGUAGCCAAAUACGAAGCUUUGUCCGAGCAGUAUUCCGAUUUGAAGAGUGACUACUUGAGUGAAAGAGAUAACCGGAGAAAUUAUCAAAAGACGCUUGAAGAGAAAUUGGCCUUGGUGGCCGACUGCGAACGUCAGCUGGAUGCGGGUUCCUUUGUAUUGGCUCUAAUUGAUGGAGACGGGGCUAUUUUUCAAAAUGCUCUACUCCAAGCUGCUGAUGGUGAUGGCGGCUCCGAAGCCGCCUCUCGCUUGUAUCAUGCGAUUCGCGAUCACAUUGCCUCGUUGUACAACAACUCAAGCAACUGGCCUGUUGUGGUCCAGAUUUAUCUAAGUCUCGAUAAACUCGCAAUCAAGCUGGCCUCGGUCGGUCUUCUACGUUCUCCCUCGGAUUUACGAAGUUUUGUCCAGCAUUUCAAUGUAAAUCAGCCUUUGUUUAGUAUCGUCGACGUUGGUCACGGCAAGGAAAGAGCCGACCAUAAGAUUAAGGAAACGCUCCGCGUCUUUAUUGACAAUCCUACCUGUCGGCACAUCAUCUUCGGUGGCUGUCACGAUGCAGGCUAUCUUUUAAACUUCGAGCCCUUCAAGCACAACUUGCUCAAGGCUAGCCGCAUUACCUUUCUCGAGACUACGCCAGCAUACGUAGGUUUCAACACACUGACCAACUUCAGACGCACUCGCUUCGACAACGUGUUUAGAGCAGAGCAAUUGCCUGAAAAUCCGCGGGUCAAUGGUGCUAAUCAGGCACCGUCCCAGCCCCCUGUACAGCCCCCAGUACAGCCCGUUGUUCGCCCAAUUACUAUCAACCCCAGUAAUUCGCCUUCUACUACUUCAAGAGCAUCUGUAGCUUCACCUGUGCCUAGCGUAGCCUCAACAUCGAUUGUGGAGCCUGACGAGUCAAAUAGAGACCCAUCUUGGGCCACUGUGGGCAAGACUGGCGCUCCCCCAACGGGCAGUGUCUCGAUCGCGCCUAAUACUAAGAAGAACACUAAGAAGAAGUAUGCUUAUUACAACAAAGCGGAGCAAAGAUUGGACGAGGCGCUUCCUCCAAAAGAUUCCGCUGCCAUUGUUUCGCUCGACGCGCGUAUGAAGAGGCUGCGCAAAAAUUUGUGUAACAACUGGCAUCUCCACGGAAAGUGUGAGAAUGGAAAGUUUUGCCAUUUCCAGCACGAACCGAAGCUACCGGCCGCUGAGUUGAAUGUUUUGCGUCAUAAAGCACGUACCUUGCCUUGCAAGAACAGAUAUUGCGAAGACAUUGACUGUUAUCUGGGACACCAGUGUCCUCAGGAACGCGAAACAGGGUACUGCUCAUUCGCAGACAAAUGUCACUUCCGCUUCACACACGGUAUGGACAAAGUCAAAUAUGUUAGAGUUGACCGAGAGGGCAAUGAGGACUACGCUCCUUAA